CCUUCCACCUUGGCAUGCGGGCCACUGCACUGGCAGCGGCCUGCCUCGGGAGCAAGCAGCAGCUGAACCAACUUGGCAUGCUUGCUGCGCGCCGCCGCGAUGCCGCCGCCGCUCGGGGUGGCGCGAGCGGCGUCGCGCCGUGCUGCUGCGCGUCCCGCGCCUCCCGUAGCGGCGCGGAUGUCGGGCGCGUGCGACGCGGUAGCCUCGGCGAACAGGCUGAUUGGGCGGCACCUGCGGGCCGGCCGGCUCGGCGCCGCGCGGGAGGUGUUCGACGGAAUGCUGCGGCGGGACGUCGUGUCCUGGAACUCCCUCAUGGCCACGCACGCCAGGGCCGGGGCGCAUGGCGGCGCGGCUGACGCGUUCGUCGAGAUGAGGCGCCGCGGGUUCCGCGCUGACCACACCUCCUUCUCGACCGUGCUGUCGGCCUGCGCGCGGACGGAGGCGCUGGAGCUCGGGAGGUGCGUCCACGGGCUCGCGACCAAGACUGGUGCCUCCAGGAACGUGUUUGUCGGUGCGUCCCUGAUCACGAUGUACGCCAACUGCGGGCUGUUCAGCUGCCUGGAGCGGGUUGUGGAAGCUGUGGACAGUCCAAACGUGGCCUUGUGGAAUGCUCUCAUAUCAGGACUUGUGAUGAACCAUCGGGUGGGGGAUGCUCGCAGGGUCUUUGAUCGGAUGAGGGAGCGCAAUGUCGUGUCCUGGACUGCCAUGAUCCAAGGGUAUGUAAGGGUGCAUGAGUUGGGGAGGGCCUUCGAGCUGUUUAACUUGAUGCCUGCAAAGAAUUCUGUGUCAUGGUGCGUCAUGAUCGGAGGUUUUGUCAACCAUGAGCUGUUUGGAGAGGCAAUUGGUUUGUUCAAGACUUUGGUGAGUGGUGGGGAGGAAGUGACUGGUGCAGUUCUGGUUAAGAUUGUGAGUGCUUAUUCUAGCUUGAAAAGUAUUGAAGGAGGCAGAUGCAUUCACGGUUUCUCUGUGAAGUCUGGGUUCGUUCUUGACCACAUCAUUGAGGCAUCAUUGGUUGUGAUGUAUUGCAAUUCCUUAGAUAUUGAUGAGGCAUGGUUGGAAUUUGAUAGAAUGGAGAGAAAGCAUGUUGGCUCAUGGAAUGCCAUCAUAUCUGGCUAUGUCCAUGCUGACAGGAUUGAUGAGGCUAGACAGCUUUUUGAUUCCAUGAUUCAUAGAGACAAGAUCUCAUGGAACUUGAUGGUCAGUGGCUAUAUAAAAACUGGGAGAAUAGCUGAUGCUACUGAGUUGUACUCAAAGAUGCCUGAAAAGAAUGUGGAAGCAGCUACUGCUUUGAUGUCUUGUUUUAUAGACAAAGGAAUGCUUGAUAAAGCUCAGGAUGUGUUUUACAAUAUGCCUCAAGUAGAUGUGAUAUCUUGCACUACUUUGCUCUUUGGAUAUGUGAAAGGAGGGUAUUUGGAUGAUGCACUCGAACUUUUCUGCUACUAUUGUUUACUGCUUUUAUUUUAAUAAUGAUGUCCGACACCUUAGUUCCCUUAUUCUGUCGUUCCUAAACCUGCCGAUAAGAACACAAACUCUCUUAUAUCCUGAAAGUAUACAUACAUA